CUUUUUCUUUUUCUUCUUGGAAGGAUGAUUCUCCCAGCAAAGUAAUAUUCUAUAUUUCCGAUGGAUUCUCAUUAUUAUCAACAACCUUACCGAUAUCCUUCCCAUCGACCAUCCUUGUAUUAUACCUGGCUUGUGUUUAAAGAUGAACGCUGGCAACCAUUUGAUCUUAUCAACCAAACCAAGUUGGAGCAAACACUAUCAGUGGAUGGCACCUUUGUCGACAUUAGUGAUUCUCUUUUCCCUGGGGUGAAAAGGGUCAGGGUCUUUCCUCGCAGUAACUAUUUAAGUUAUCUUGGCGUCAAAUAUCGUUUGUCUCGUGUUCUUCAACCUGAUGCUUGGGCGGAUUUUUCCUAGACAUAGAGAUUCUACCUAUAUAGACCUUUUUUUUUUAUUAUUAUUAUAGCUUGAUGCAUUGUAUACCCCUUCACCGUCAUUCAUCCUUCUAUUUUUUUUUAAAAAA